GGGACCUGCGGAGAGGCAAGAUGGCUGCCUCCAGCCCGAGCCGGUGUCUUUUUCCUGCAGCAACAGCGGUGCUGCUACUGCUGCUUCUUUUCUUCAGCCGCUGCGGUUCGGCGGUCGGUCUCGGAGCGCAGGAUCAAGCAGAACAAUUUUUUAGAAGUGGCCAUACAAACAAUUGGGCCGUUCUGGUGUGCACAUCUCGAUUCUGGUUUAACUAUCGCCAUGUGGCCAAUACUCUCUCGGUUUACAGAAGUGUCAAGAGACUUGGAAUUCCUGAUAGUCAUAUAGUCUUAAUGCUAGCAGAUGAUAUGGCCUGCAAUCCAAGAAAUCCGGCUCCAGCGACUGUCUUUAGUCACAAAAACAUGGAACUGAAUGUCUACGGAGAUGACGUGGAAGUGGAUUACAGAAAUUAUGAGGUUACCGUGGAAAAUUUUUUGAGAGUGUUAACAGGCCGAAUCCCAGCAAGUGCGCCUCGUUCCAAACGUUUGCUUUCUGAUGACAGAAGCAAUAUUCUCAUAUAUAUGACAGGUCAUGGUGGGAAUGGUUUCUUGAAAUUUCAAGAUUCGGAAGAAAUCACGAAUGUGGAACUCGCUGAUGCCUUUGAACAAAUGUGGCAGAAAAGGAGGUACAAUGAAUUGCUGUUUAUCAUUGAUACAUGCCAAGGAGCAUCCAUGUAUGAACGGUUUUAUUCUCCCAAUAUAAUGGCUUUGGCUAGCAGCCAAGUUGGAGAAGAUUCACUUUCUCAUCAACCAGAUCUUGGCAUAGGUGUCCAUUUGAUGGAUAGAUACACAUUUUACGUCUUGGAAUUUUUAGAAGAAAUUAAUCCAGCAAGCCAGACGAAUAUGAAUGACCUGUUUCAGGUAUGCCCUAAAAGUUUAUGUGUGUCAACACCUGGACACCGGACAGAUCUGUUCCAGAGAAAUCCUGAUAAUGUCUUGAUAACUGAUUUUUUUGGGAGUGUACGAAAAGUGGAAAUUACAACUGAGACAGUUUCUCUGGAUCCUAAUUUGGCACCUGCCGAGACAAGGCCUGUUAUGGAUGAAAUAGCCACGGAACCUUUAAAAUAUGCAGAACAGCUUCCAGUAGCACAAAUAAUACACCAGAAACCAAAACAAAAGGACUGGCAUCCUCCCGGAGGCUUUAUUUUGGGACUUUGGGCUCUAAUUAUCAUGGUCUUCUUUAAAACCUAUGGAAUCAAGCACAUGAAGCACAUCUUUUAGAACUUCAAAGCAACCGAGUUUGAACUGUGAAUGUCUCCAUACCUGGAAAUAUUUGAAUGGAUAAUAUUGUAAACUUGUUCUGCUUGAAAUACUUUAUCACAUUUUGCUCCAUCUCUUAAAAUGAACUUUUUUUUAAUUUAAUUUUUUUUUUUUCAUUUUUAAAACACAACGUAAUUUUAUAAAAGGGCUGAAGUUAUUCUACUUGGAACUUUCCACCUGCAAAAAUCCACUAGUGGAAAAACAAAUCUACUGUGUACAAACAAGGCUACUUUGAAAGAAGGCAAGCAAUUAAGAGACAUCCUUCCUUCAAGAUCACUGCAAUUCUACAAUACAAGGAAGCCUCAUGAAUGCUACCAUGAAGACAGACUCUAGACGAAAAAAACCCUCUAAAUAUACUAUUGUAAGUGGCAGCACUGCUAUCUUAAAACUCUUGUUUCUUGUUCUUUCUGUCAUAACUGAAAUGACACUGUAUUAUUAUUUUUCAUUAUGUAGAGCAGCUGAUGAGUAGCCUUUACUUCUAUAAUAGCCAGACAAGAAUCUCUUGUUACGGAAAAGAAUGGUUGGAUCAAACAGUGGGAGCGAAUAGAUGAAUGCAGAGGAAACUCUAUAAACAUUUUAUUAAAAUAUUUUAAAAUCAAUGAACAUCUUCUGAGCUGUACUGAAAAAUAGUUGUGUCUAUUAUUAUUUAUAAAAAAUAGUUUCCCUGUCAUUGAAACUAAGGUUUAGACAAUAUGCGGAACCUUAUUUAAGAUGUCUUCCUAUUGAUAUAUACUUAAGUCACUCGCAGAUUUUUGCUGUACAUAUUGAAUAUCUGCUCAACAGAAACAAAAAUACUCUCAGGGAAUAUUGAUUAGCACUGUUUCAAUUCAGCCUCUUUGAUCAAACCUUUGCUUGCCGCUAUUAUAUUUCUUGGAUUGCAUGACGCAUUCAAAUUUACAACCAAUAGCUAAUCCAUCACUUCUUCAGCAAAUAUGCAGUUAGUUUUUCCACAUCCAGCCCGCUAGCCUGGUGGAUCCAGAUUACAUUCAAAAGCCAUGAGCAUAAAACAUGUUUAAUAUAGCUUUAGACUGAGCUAUGUAUUUGUGUACAUACAAUUCCUGAGGUAGUAUGUUCAUGGAGAAAGGUAUUGGUAAAUAUUUUUGAGUGGAUUAUAUUAAAUCAUUUAAAUCAAACCUUCACAUAUAUGUGUAGGUUUUUUUUACUUAGGAUACGAAAGCUGGAUAACAUAUCAUAGAACAUUGUCUUCUCAACCUUGGCAGCUUUAAUCUAUGUGGACUUCUGGAAUUCCCCAGCCAGCAAGGAGAAUUCUGGGAGUUGGAAGUCCACACGUUUUCAAACAGUCAAGUUGAGAAACAUUGCCAUAGAGCUAGGAUGGAUUGCUACAAGUUCUGCAUUAUGGUGAAUUCUCCAUUGAGGGUAUUCUAUUUUAUAAAUGCAGAACACUAACCAGUAUGAGGAAUGAAAUCAUUUUGUAUGUUUCAGAUUUCACUUCAUGCAUAAUUAGUUGGGUUUAAAUAAUAUUGUUGAAUGGAUUAGAGGCAAAAGAGAAGCUGUGGAUUACUUAUAUAGAUAAAGUAAGACCAAUAUUGUUAAAUUUGAAUUUGUUUGGAAGAUAGUUGUCUUGUCACAAAAGACCAUUUUUUUGUAAGAAUGCUUAUCUAGCAAAACAGCAAUGAUUAAUCUGUUAAAAUUUUGUUUAUUGACUGUUGAGAUUCAGUACUUCAGAACAAAACAGACUUAAAGUUUAUGGUUUAUAUUAUGACCCCAUUUUGCCUACAGGAAGAUCAGUUAAGAAUAAUCUGCUUAAAUUUUAAGUGUUUCCAAAAAUGUGUGUGUGAAUGCAAAUAUUUAAAAAAAUACAAUUUGUAUCUGUAUAUGGAAUUUGUAGUCUUGAAUAUAACAUUCUUCAACCAGAUGUAUCACAGAUACCUACUUCACUUUUUAAAUUUUAUUUCUAUUUUUUUAUAUAUUUUAAAAAUCUAAUAGCUUUGUGGAUGGACAUUGUGAAAAUAGUAAAAUCAAUAGAACCCUGCUGGAAUUAAUCAGUGGUACCCCUACUUUUUAGGCUUCAACCUAAAAUCUGCCAAGCUCAGUAAAAUCAGUAAUUUUGGGGGGACGGAGGCAAGUCUGUGGGAACACAAGAUCAUGAGUUAUAGGCCAAGAUAAUUUGCUUAGAGAAAGGAGACUGUUAAGUAAACCCAAUUUAUGAAGCAGGGAAAGCAGUAAAGCUGAUUAACAGAGGUGAGGAAAACAAUUAAAUUGAAAUGCUGCAAUUCAUGUUCCAUAACUUUGAAAGUAAAAUUCUUUCUGCACAAGGAAUGGAAGGCAAUUGGACUGUAACAGUCUCUGUAUUUACUGAUGCUUCCAGGAGAAAUCUUUGAAAGACUUGAGACACAAUGCAAUACUGUUAAAAGCAAGAAUAUCAUGAUUCUGGACUAUAUUAACAGAAUCCUACUGUUUAUUCUUUGGAAAUUUAUAUUGACUGUAUUAAUCAUGCUAUGUUGAACAAAACUAAAAGAAAAAAAAAAGAAUAUUCUAGAAACUCCUUUCUCCCUCCCCCUCAUUUAUGAGCAAGUUAGCUCUUUGUAACUAAUUUCAUAUAGUCUUAGUUGGGUUUCUGGAGAGGAUAUCGUUUCCAAUCGGAUUGUAACUGGGUUGAAGAAAAAAAGACAAACGUAACUCAGCAAGUUUGACUACUAUCACCACCUUUUUAUUUAUAGUAUUAAGAGUUGCUUUCAUAGUUCCUUCAUAAUUGUAAUAGGAGUUUUUUUUAAGAGUUUGCAAUCUUGGAAACUAGAUUCUCCAUUCCAACGUAACAUUUGUCAUUUUCUUGUCAUUUUCCACCUUAUAUGUCAUGAAAGGUGCAGGUGCAUACCUAAAGAACAUUCAUUUAUGCAGAAAUGAGUAAUAUUGCACCAGUUUUGUGUGCAUUCUUUGUGACCUGAUAAUUUCAGCAGGAUUAUCUGUAGGUUACAUCUUGAGUUUUUGUAGGAUUAUGCUUGUACUAUCAAUGGUAGUAUCUAAUCACCAUGUCUUUUGUCAGACUCUUUUCAAUUGCCUCCAAUUUUGGUCUCCAAUUGGGUGCAUUUAAGCUUCAUUAUUAGCACUGCCAGCAAGCAGUUUUGCUUCACUUCUAGCUUUACUUGACUGAGUGAUUUGUUGUUCCUGCACUCCAAGAUAUUAUCAACAAAUUUCUCCAGCACAACUCUAAAGCAUCCAUUUUUCUUUGUUCAGCCUUUCUGAUGGUUCAGCUUUUACUGUCACAUAUUUUUUAACUUAGAAAACCAGGGAUUUGAUAAUGCAUAUCUUUGUUUUCUGUAUUGUUUGCCUACUCUGGCAUUUUGUCCAAAUUUGUCACGGUCCUUUUCCAAGCAGCAGACAUCUCUUUGUUUCAUGACUAGCGUGAAUUCUGAAUUUUGGAAAAUAAAAGCUGCUAGUACUUUAGCUUUACCCAGUUGUAUUGGGCUGUCAUUGCCUCUUGACAUAAACUUAAUGGAUUUUGUUUUCAAAUGAACAACAGAGAAGCAUUUUUUUCAUUUGCAACAAGAAAUUUCUUAAGUUUGUAUUACUUCUAGCAUUAUCACCAGCAUUUCUGACUGUAUGGUUUGCAUAUAAUUUAAAUAAGAUGACAGUAUACAGCUUGUGCCAUGACCCCUAAAGGGUCAUCCAGAUAUUCUGGGCAAGUCUUAGGCAUACUAACUAUCUUCUUAAUUUAAUUCACAUGGAGUCGUGCAAAGGUUUUAAAUACUAUGAUUCAAUUUUUAUCUAUGCUGUGUGUAUUUUGUAUUAUUUUUGCUUAAAGAUGACUCUUAAGCAAAACUACACACGAUUUCAGAGAGCCAAUAAUUAGCAUUUUUAUUACUUAUUUUUUGUAUGAGACCCAAAUACUUAUUAUGAUAAUCAUUCUGUUGUUUUGCAUGUACAGAGCUGCUGCAUUGUAGACAAAUUCCUUGUGUGUCUAAUCACACCAUACUUUAUUGGCUAAAUAAAACCUAUUCUAUUUUAUUCUAUUCUAUUCUAUUCUAUUCUAUUCUAUUCUACUCUACUUUUCAAAUCUGUUCUUUCUACUUGCUUUGCUUUACUUUAAAUAAAAAGAAUUGGCAUUGUGGGAAUGCAUGCCUCCCACCCUCCCAAUACAAAUCUCUAUUUUUCAUGCAAGGGUAAAAAAUAUAAUACUUAAUGCUUUCAUGUAAGUUGCCUUUUUCCCCCCUCCAAGCCAUCAGUACAUGCUGUCCUAACAUGCCAUUUUUCAAUCUGUGUUAAAAGUCUGUUGCCUGAUAAAGCAAGCUGUACUGAAAAUCCUUAUCGCAGGAUUCCCACAUUAGUAUUUGGGUCUUACACAAAAAAUAAAUAUGCCCUGACUCAGAAAGAGAUCACAUAGGCCUGAAAGAGACUCCAAAGAGAUGCAAAUAAAUAAAAGAAGUGUGAUUCAUCUCCCUACUUUUGCAGCAGGAUUGCAUACAAGAAUUUCCCUUUCAAGAGUGUAAUUCUUCUGAUCCUUUUGAUCUGAAGCCUGAAUAUAAGAUAUUCUCCCAUUUGCAGCUCUCGACAAUGCCGCUGCUCAGUGUGGUUAUUACUUUUCAAAGAGGCGCUUUCUGGUGCAGUCACAGAAAACAGACGUUAUUUUAAUAUUGUUGAAAAAUUGAAUAGAAUAGUGAAUAACAAUUGGAAAUUAUCAGGGCCUAUGUAACAGUCAUGUUGUCUGUCUAGGUCACAGGCCAGGCCCUUCUUUCAACAAUACAAUACCUUUGUAUGUAAUGAUCAAAUGGCUAACAUUCUCCCAAUGAGUGUUAUCCAACUGCUGGAGCUCAAGCCCAAUUCUCAUUGCUGGAGAAAUGUGGAUAAUCACUGCAGUCUGGAUUUAAUUAUUUGUACAUCAGAUUUUAUGAAAUGUGUAAAUUAAAUGGGGCAAGAAGCCCUCUCAAUAUGCAACCCAUUUUUCCUUUAAUGUGUGACGAUCUCAGAUUCCCUAUUCUUUCAGAUGAGCUAUCGUUUGAAAAGAAACAUCAGGUGUUAGUAAAGUUGUGCAAUUUCUUAUCAAUUCAUAAUAUUUUAUUCAAUAAUAAAGAACAGAUGUAUUUGUGAGAAAUACUUCCACCAUAAUAAAAAAAAAGAAGGAAAUGAC